AUGACCACUAGAUCGACCAUUUGUCUGCAGAACCACUGGCUUGCACCAACACCGGCUAAGAACCGUAUUGUGCUUGUGACUUUCACGCCUUGCUAUUCCCGAACCAAGCUCCGCCAUGUAGUCGCGCCUUACAAGGUACCGAUUUUCGACCCCACCGCCCUUCUCCAUGACCAUGGAAGACUGCGCCGACCGGGCGAUGGCUCAUAUGUCGACCACCAUCCUGCUAUCACCGUUGAGAGUCUCGAUGAAAGCUACAGAUCCUCCACAGUGAAGAAACGAUCGAAUAGAAAACGAAGACCUCCCCUGGCACCCGGGCCACCGCUACAGUUCGUUGUGGCUAGCCAUCCGGAUAGGUUUAAGGAUGAACAGACCAUGAGAAAUGUCCGAUCUCAUGUCAUGUACAAGCAUCGUGAGCACACGGAGCCAUUACCCUCAGAGAGUAGUAGUGCUGGAGAGCAAAGCAGGAGCCGUUCCCAUCAGUCACGAAGCCCAAACCCGUUCACCUUCAGCUGCCGUACUCCUACAGAUGCCUUGGCUCUUGCAUCGCCUGCAUCACAACAUCACAGCGGGGACUUGACCUAUGGACUACCUUCAUUGGCUCUAGAAUCGCUUCCAGUGGAUCCUUUCAGGUCUCUUGCAACUCGCAUCUUCUCAAUGACAGAAGUCACAAGCGUUCCUAGUACGACGCCAGUGUUUGCAAUAGCCCAGACACAUGCCCUUGACACCUUGGAUGAAUCAAUACCAGAGUCAUGGGAAACUCUACAGCAAGAGUACAUCGAAAUCACUCCACUCUUAUGCCAUGACUGGAUGCGAAGCCUAUGUAGCGCUCACAUGUCCUUCCUCAGCCACGCAAGUGCAGCAUGCGUCUACCAGGACCUUGGCGACGGUCUUUUACACGACAGUGCACUCACUGUCUCCGCAAAAUCAAAGGUCCUUCGAAUGAUCAGCGACCGGCUCCGCACUGAAGAUCCUACCAUCACCAUUGCAAGCAUACUUCUUCUCCUGAUUAGCGAAAUCGGAGAUUUGAAAGAAUCCGUCUUCGAGGUCCACCAAUCUGGCUUGAACCAGCUCGCUGCCGGCGUCACCCAGCUCUCUCCUCCACUGGCAGCUUUCAUGACCAUGCCUUUUCAUAACAUUGCCAUCUACAGACUCUCCCUCAUAUUCGCAUUACUAAGAGGCCAGGAUGCCCUCGUGCUCCCACCCGCAGCCCACCACCGCAUCUCUAUCCUCCCCGGUAACAGUGCACACCUAAUCUCCCCACUCUGCGCACCACAGGGUAAUGUCCUCGACCUCCUCAACCACUGCUCCCUGCCUACCUUCCAGAUCCUCAGUGAAAUGCACAUUUACACAAACAGUCUCCUAGCACACUCUCCUCCCUCAUCACCCUGCACCACCCGCUCCCAGCACCUCCACACACACCUCCUCUCACGCGCCUCGACGGCCGACGACGCCGCGCCCGAUUGGAUCUACGAAAGUUGCCGGCUAGCUGCCUCACUGUACUGUUGGCCCAUCUUACCGGCUCGUCGCACCCACGCUUCCCCUGCGCUUAAGCGCAAGCUCCAGCCUUCCCCACCACGUCUCGAGUACCACGCCCUCGUCACCGCGCUGCACACAGCCCUGAUGCGCACAAAUACAAGUGCAUACUGGAGCGAGGAACUGCGUGGCUGUUUUUUAUGGACCUGUCUUGUCGGCGCCGUGGCGUCAUGGUCGCUCGUGCCCUCGCAACUAGCAGGUCGUGGCAGAAAUCGUGGAUGUGAGUUUCGCAACAAAGACACCAUAUCCGAUGUAUCACAAGCGAGAAAGUUUUUCGCGCUGCAUGCCAUUCGAGCAGCCGUUUCGGUGCCGCUUGGUCGAGUCGAUGGUGCGGUGCUCGCUUUAUACACGUUUUUGCGUGUUCGUCGGGGUGUCGUGCCGGCGCUCGAGGAUGCGUCGACUGGAGGUCAAUCACCAUGGCCGUUGAACAGCGAGGCAGCCAGCACCUUUUACGCCAUCUCCCCCUACCCUCACCCCAAGGCUGAUAAACAUACCGCAUACCUCCAAGUCCUCCCGUCCAUACUCUCCAGGAAGAAAAAAGAGAAAAAAGAGACAAGGUAA